UGGCCUCCGACCCUCCCAGGGGCCCUGGAGGGGGGCAUCUCCAUGCCUCGUGUAGAUGAGGACGGUGAGGCGCAGAGAAGCGGCGACACAGAGCUUCUAGCUAAUAAACCAGCAGGCGGGGCGAUGGUUGGCGGGCGGUGAGACGCUGCAGCAGAGAGGCGCCCCGGGGGCGCAGGGACCGAGCUUCGCCUUCGCCGCCGCCGCCGCCGCGUCCAGCACCCGCGCCAGCGCCAUGCGAGAGAUCGUGCACCUGCAGGCCGGCCAGUGCGGCAACCAGAUCGGGGCCAAGUUUUGGGAGGUGAUCAGCGACGAGCAUGGCAUCGACCCCACGGGCACGUACCACGGGGACAGCGACCUGCAGCUGGAAAGGAUCAACGUGUACUACAAUGAGGCCACAGGAGGGAAUUACGUGCCCAGAGCCGUGCUGGUAGACCUGGAACCCGGCACCAUGGACUCUGUCCGCUCAGGCCCCUUCGGCCAGAUCUUCCGGCCCGACAACUUUGUGUUUGGCCAGUCGGGAGCCGGCAACAACUGGGCCAAGGGGCACUACACGGAGGGUGCCGAGCUGGUGGACGCCGUCCUGGACGUGGUGCGGAAGGAGGCCGAGAGCUGUGACUGCCUGCAGGGCUUCCAGCUGACCCACUCGCUGGGCGGGGGCACGGGCUCAGGCAUGGGCACCCUGCUGAUCAGCAAGAUCCGCGAGGAGUUCCCGGACAGGAUCAUGAACACCUUCAGCGUGGUGCCCUCGCCCAAGGUGUCGGACACGGUGGUGGAGCCCUACAACGCCACCCUGUCUGUGCACCAGCUGGUGGAGAACACGGACGAGACCUACUGCAUCGACCACACGGCGGUGGGCGACAUCUCCCCUCGUGGCCUCAAGAUGUCAGCCACCUUCAUUGGCAACAGCACGGCCAUCCAGGAGCUGUUCAAGCGCAUCUCGGAGCAGUUCACGGCCAUGUUCCGGCGCAAGGCCUUCCUGCACUGGUACACGGGCGAGGGCAUGGACGAGAUGGAGUUUACCGAGGCCGAGAGCAACAUGAACGACCUGGUGUCCGAGUACCAGCAGUACCAGGACGCCACGGCCGAGGAGGGCGAGUUCGAGGAGGAGGCCGAGGAGGAGGUGGCCUAGGACCUCUGCAUCCGCGUCCUGCCUGCCCCCUGCUCUUUGCUAGGCUUUUGACCUUUGACCUCUGCGCUGACCUUUCCCUCUGAGCCUGACUUAUUUCUGACCCUAUGACUCCAUGGACAUCCUUUGCCCUGACCCUGACCCUAACCCACCUUGGAGACUGCUUUACUGCUGGUCAUGUCAUUGCUGACCUUCGCCUGCCUUUGACCCUUGACCUUACUCUAUCGCCAACCCCCUUAAGUGCUCCCAGCUCCGAGCCUUGCUUUGACCCUCCUGAUCCCGAUCCCAUAAAGCCCCCCUUUCUCUCCUGACUCGCCUUCAUGCCCAGCCCCAUCUUCCCCUUGGACUCUCCCAGCCCUCCCGUUGGACCUCCAGACCUAGACACCCUCGUUUACAUUCCGUACCUUCCCCCGAGCCUCACGUGGCCUCAGAGCGUGCCUCGCAUCUGACCCAGGGAUCCCCAGCUCUGCUCCGACCCCUCUCCAGCACGCCUGAUCUGCCGUUCCCUCCCUGCCUUGCCUUCCCCGAGAUAGUGGGAAAUCGUCGCGGGGAGAGAAGCUAAGCCCCGACGCCUGCCUCGCCCUCUUCCCCCACCUCGUCCUGAUAAAUAAACAGCUGUGCUGGAA